UAACCGAACAACAUCGUCUUCUCAACUUGUUUUCGCAACACUGCUGCGACCCCGGCCAACCAACGGCACCUUCAUUGGGUAGCCAGCAGCCACCACUUCUCGUCAGUUCAUUGUCAGAGAUAUCAACAAGAUCCAACACGCCGGUGCUGUGAUCCACAUAAUAUGUUCUACAGAGGUAGAUAUAUUGAUGGUGCGGAUGGGCGCGAAAUGGGUGCAAAGCGUCAGCGGGUAAUCAAUCAGGGUCCUUCAUUUUUUGGGGCUUCUCCUGGCCCUAGUUUUAUGUACAACCCACCUCCAUAUGGAUAUGUUAGUCAACCGCCACCUUUCCCUGUCGUCCGUCUGCAUGGUCUCCCCUUUGAUUGCACUGAGGCUGAUGUAUUUGACUUCUUCCAUGGUCUGGAUAUCGUUGACAUACUUUUUGUCCGCAAGGGUGGCAAGUUCACUGGAGAAGCCUUCUGUGUUUUAGGAUAUCCUAUGCAAGUUGAGUUUGCCCUUCAAAAGAAUAGGCAUAACAUGGGCAGGAGAUAUGUUGAGGUUUUUAGGAGUAAGAGGCAAGAGUAUUACAAAGCAAUAGCAAAUGAAGUUUCGGAUCCUCGUGGCAGUUCACCCCGAAGAAGUCGCUCGAGGGCUAGAUCUUAUGAUGAGGGAAAGGAGUCUGCCGAGCAUACCGGAGUUUUGCGGUUGAGGGGACUACCAUUUUCAGCUGGAAAGGAUGAAAUAGUGGAGUUCUUCAAAGAUUUUAUGCUGUCUGAAGAUUCAAUUCAUUUUACGAUGAAUAAAGAGGGGAGACCUACUGGAGAAGCUUUUGUAGAGUUUGCAAAUGCAGAGGAUUCAAAAGCAGCAAUGGCAAAGGAUAGGAUGACACUUGGGAGUCGUUAUAUUGAGUUGUUUCCCUCAUCAGUAGAGGAUAUGGAUGCAUCAGUUUCAAGAGGACGGUGACUUCUUAUACCUUUGCUUCAAUUUGCUUUCUUCUACCUGCUAUAUCUUUAGCCUUUUCUUGUUAUUGUGAAAAGUGAAGAAACUGUUUACCUGUGUUUUUAGAUCCGUGUGCUUUAUGUUUAUGAUUAAACUUGAGUUUCUAUAGAACUGGAGUUAGACUAUGAGACAUCUUAUUUUGUGCAGCUAUUUUGGCUCUCUUCUAGCUUUGUCAUAAAUGGCAAAUUUUCGGGCUUCUCUUA